AUGAUUACCCUCUACGAUAUCAAGAAUACCCAGAGACCUCUCAUGACCAUUUCUCCGUUUUGCUGGAGAGCAAGGUUGUGUCUCAACUAUAAAGGGAUACCCUACCAAACCGAAUGGGUCGACUAUUCCAAGAUUGAAGAAUUCGCGAAAGCCAAAGGGAUCCCUCCUACAGGGACGAGGCCGGACGGCUCGCCCCACUACACCAUUCCCUUUAUUUACGACUCUGAUAAGAGCGUAUACAUCUCGGACAGUUUCCGCAUCGCCCAAUACCUCGACGAGGCAUAUCCCGAUACCUCGAAGCUCAUUCCAGCGGGAACCGGGGCCCUCCAAGCAGGGUGGUCGCAGAGCACAGAACCGCUUAGGAUCAAGCUCACGCCUUUGAUUGGAUGUAAAGGCGUGGAGUAUACUUCCGACGAAGCGAGUAGGGAGUCUGGGAAGGAGUUCAUACAGAAGGCGCUGAAUUUGCCUGAUUGGGAGAGUGUUUUGGAACAGGCCAGGCCGGAGAAGCAGGGUUGGAAGGAGGUUGAGAAGGUGUUCAAAGACUAUGCCAAGAUACUGGACCAGGGGAAGGUUGGAGGGGAUUGGGUUAUGGGUGAACGGUUUACUUUCGCGGAUGUUGUGUUGGCUGCGAUGAUUCUUUGGACGAGGUCGGCGUGGGGCAAGGAGAGUGAACAGUACAAGCUGAUUUUGGGUUGGGACAAUGGAAGAUGGAAGAGGUACAUCGAGAAUGUCGAGUCAUAUACCAAUGUACACUAG